CGUGGUCGAUAAGGACAACUGCCAUAGAAACUACCCUACAGCCUCCCAUCUGCAUAUAUAUGAUUCCGAGGAGCAUUAGUGAUCAGUGAGAUUUGCCCAUAUGCCAGCGAGACGGCCCUUUGUCGCCUACAAACCAUCACCUACGUAGCGAAUAUAUUUUCCCGACACACUCUAGCCGUCCUCGAUGGAUUUCUGCAGACUCCCGAUCGUGACCUCGACCUGGAACCAUGCCCAAGAAUGCGCAUCCGCCGCGCGGUAAAGCCGUGAAGAAGGCUGCUCCUGUUCCGCCCGAGGAAGACAGCAGCUUCAUCGUCUUCGGCGACGCCAAACCCAAGAAGAAGAAGCCCGAGAGCUCUGCGAAUGGAGCCGCUGUCGCGACGCAGAACGAUGGAAAGGGCAAGGGGAAAGCUCCUGCUGGGCAGCCUGAAGAUGCGCCGAAGAAGCCGGAUACCAGGACGUUGAUUGCUGGGGCGUCGUGGACAGGCAAGCUGCCCGUCAAUCUGCUCGCGGAACACUUUCAGAAGCAGCAGUGGGCCAAACCAGACUACCGCAUUCGCAAAGAUGGCGAUGCGCACUUUGCCUAUGCCGUGGUCCUGUCCAAGACCAACACAAAGACACGCGAAACCAUGACGCUCCCCCCGUUCAGAAUCCCGCCCGAGCUCGAAGAAAAGGCACACCAGCCUUCCGCCGUGGAAGCGCGCAACUUUGCUGCAGCAUACACGCUCUUCCGCGUUGCCAGUGCGAAGAAUCUGCACAUGAUGCUGCCGCCCACGUACAAGGAUCUCUGGAAGGGCGAGUUCACCGAGCUGAAGAAGGCCGACGAGAGACAAGGCAAGGCCUGGCUGUACGAGGCGGACCCCUUCUUUGGCCACGCCGAGCGGGAGAAGGCUAGAGAGGUGGCAGCAAAGGAACGCGAGAAGAAGCAGAAGCAGCGCGACGAGGCCCAGAAGGCACACAAUCUCCAGCCGGGAAUGCCCAUGGCGGCUUCCAACGGCUCGUCUCAGGGGAGGAGUCUGCUCAAGGGGUGGGAGCGAGUCCCAAAGAUCGAGCUGGGGAAGAGGACGCGAAAAGAGGCUGAACGCCUCAUUCGACGAGAUGCCCUCUGGAAUCCGAAUGGCAUUCAGAUGAGUCCUGCCGUCAAGUCCAAACUCGUAGAGGAGGUUACUGAGCUCGGCUUCCGUCGUAGCCAUGUCGAGGAGGCUGCCGAGAUAUGCAAAGAUCGCGAGGAAGUCAUCGAGUGGCUGCUCAUCCACGUUCCUGAGGACGAUCUACCGUCGUGGAGUUUGCCCGAGGGAUAUGUUGCUGGUGUGAGCAUGGCUAGUUCUAGCCUCAAACGAGAGGGCGCCGUCAAGCGCCUGGCCGCUGCUGGAUACGCUAUGGAUCUGUGUGAAGAAGCAUACGACAGCCAGGGUGGAGACGAACGAAAAGCAGCAGCUCUUCUACAAGCCCGACUUCUACGACCGAACGACGACGAGAAAGAUAUUGCGCAAGAACUUGCAGAUGUUACGAUUUCGGAUACACCUGAAGAGCCAUGGGAAGAUGACCCAUGGGAAACUGAAAUGUCGUCACUGGAAGCUAUAUACGACAAACUUUUCUCCCGGCUCUCUCCUGAGAUGUGCCGCAUCGAACUCGAUAUCAAGCAGCAGGGAAAGCGCCUUAUCCUACAAGUCAGGAAACCCUUUGGCCCAUACCCUGCAGUCGUUCCCAUCAUCACGUUUGAAGCCGCUAUUCCCGCCUACAUUCGACUGAGUAUCAUCAGGCAAGCGCUUCUCCAUGCCGAGGAAAACUGUAUCGGAAUGCCUAUGAUUUACGAUGUCAUAGACUGGCUGCAACAGAACUCUGGCGAGAUUUUCAAGAACCCAGGGCCACUAUCCGACGUCUCGUCCGGCCUUGCUGCAGCAGACCAUUCGACAGCACAGCAAAGUCAUAAGAAGACUAACAAGGCCAGAGCUCGGAGACCGAUCGAAUGGAAAUCAGCGACACCCGCUAGUCAGAAGAUUUUUUCGGAAUGGCAGGCUAGACAGGGAAGCCCCGCUCAGCAGAAGAUGAUGAACGGUCGACAAUCGCUUCCAGCAUGGAGAUUAAGGGACGAUAUCGUCAGGACUGUCAACGACUGUAAAGUGACUAUCAUCUCCGGCGAGACUGGUUCAGGAAAGUCCACUCAGUCCGUUCAGUUCGUCCUCGAUGACCUCAUUCAGCGACAGCUUGGUGCUGUGGCGAACAUCAUUUGCACACAGCCUCGCAGGAUUUCGGCGUUAGGUCUGGCUGACCGCGUAGCCGAUGAACGAUGCUCCCGAGUUGGUGACGAAAUUGGAUACACGAUUCGAGGCGAGUCGAAGCAGAAACCCGGUGUGACGAAGAUUACUUUUGUCACUACUGGUGUUCUGCUUAGACGACUUCAAACAUCUGGCGGCGAUGCAGAUGAUGUUGUUGCGUCGCUCGCCGAUGUCAGCCAUGUGGUUGUUGACGAGGUUCACGAACGCAGUUUGGACACGGAUUUCCUCCUGGUCCUGCUCCGUCAGAUUCUGCGAACACGACAUGAUCUCAAAGUCAUCUUGAUGAGUGCUACGCUUGAUGCUGAGGUCUUUGAAGCAUACUUCAGGGACGUUGGUCCGGUUGGUCGUGUCGAGAUCGAGGGUCGAACACAUCCAGUGACAGACUUCUAUGUUGACGAUGUUGUGCACUUCACCGGUUUCAACGGCAAUGGAAUAGGUGACGACGAUGAUGGCGGUGACAAGUCAGUUUCUGCCAACCUCCGAAGCAUUGGAUUCGGCAUCAAUUACGACCUCAUUGCGGAAACUGUCCGCCAUAUCGAUCGCCAGCUUGGAUCCAAGGAUGGGGGUAUCUUGAUCUUCCUCCCCGGUACCAUGGAGAUUGACCGCACCCUCCAAGCGCUCAGUCACUUCUCUAAUCUCCAUGCUCUGCCGCUUCAUGCUUCGCUGCUCCCGGUCGACCAGAAACGUGUAUUCCCUCUACCACCUCCCGGUAAGCGGAAAGUCAUCGCGGCUACCAACGUUGCCGAAACGUCGAUUACAAUCGAGGACAUCGUAGCAGUAAUCGACACUGGGCGCGUCAAAGAGACAAGUUAUGAUCCCCAGAACAACAUGGUGCGGUUAGCCGAGACGUGGGCUUCUCGAGCGGCGUGCAAGCAACGGCGAGGACGAGCAGGUCGCGUUCGAUCUGGCGAGUGCUUCAAGCUAUACACACGAAACGCCGAAGCGAAGAUGAUGGAGCGACCAGAGCCAGAGAUCAGACGUGUGCCUCUCGAGCAGAUGUGCUUAUCCAUCAAAGCAAUGGGCGUACAAGACAUCUCAGGCUUUCUCGCCUCAGCACUUACUCCCCCAGAGAGCACCGCAGUCGAAGGCGCCAUCAGAUUGCUAUCCCAAAUGGGCGCCAUCACCGACAACGAGCUCACCGCCCUCGGCCGCCACCUCUCCAUGAUCCCCGCCGACCUCCGCCUAGGCAAACUCCUCGUCUACGGCGCAACAUUCGGCUGUCUCGAAGCCGCACUCACCAUAGCCUCCGUCCUCACAGCCCGCAGCCCCUUCCUCUCCCCGCGCGAACGCGACCAACAAACCCGGGACGAAUUCAACCGCAUCCGCGCCUCCUUCAGCACCAACCAAGGCGACCUGCUCGUCGACCUGCGCGCCUACGAGCAAUGGGCCGCCCUACGCUCCAAAGGCCUACCCACCCGCGACCUCCGCUCCUGGUGCCAAGACAACCGCCUCUCCUCGCAAACCCUCUUCGACAUCGCCUCAAACCGCUCACAGUACCUCUCCUCCCUCAAGGAAAUCAGCUUCAUCCCUUACUCCUACUCUCCCACUACCACGCCCCAGUACAACGAACACGCCGCCAACGACGCCCUGCUCCGCGCCCUCAUCGCAGCCUCAUUCAAUCCCCAGAUCGCCCGCAUCCAACUCCCGGACAAGAAAUUCGCCGCCGGCAUCGCAGGCGCAGUCGAACUCGACCCCGAGGCCCGCGCGAUAAAGUACUUCAACCACGAGAACGGGCGCGUGUUCGUGCACCCCUCCUCCACACUCUUCUCGAGCCAGACAUUCCCGUCCAACGCGGCGUUCAUCGCGUACUUUAAUAAGAUGGCGACGAGUAAAGUGUUUAUUCGUGAUAUUACGCCGCUUAAUGCGUAUAGUUUGUUGAUGUUUGCGGGCGGUAUUCAGGUCGAUACGCUGGGGCGGGGGUUGGUGGUUGAUGAGUGGAUUCGAUUGAGGGGGUGGGCGCGGAUUGGUGUUCUGGUUAGUCGGUUGAGGGGUAUGUUGGAUGGGGUGCUGGAGGGGAUGGUUAGGGAGCCGGGGAGGGGGAUGGGGGCGCGGGAGAGGGAGGUUGUGGGGGUUGUUAGAAGGUUGGUUGAGAGGGAUGGACUGGAUGCUUAG